AUGAGACCCAAUUCUCAGAAUUUUACCUAUGCCUCGUGGCAUCCAUUAUUAGUAAGAACUUUGAUAAAUUCCAUCGAUGUGAGAGAUCACAAUGCACGAUUCCGAUGUGGCACGACUUUGGCUAUUUUGUCCAAAAUUCCUAUCUCUAAAGCUUCUCUCAUCUUGAUGGAGAAAGCGCUGCCAUUUCUCAUUCGGUAUAUAGAUUCUGUAAACUUGUCGGACUCUUUGCGGUACGACGAUGAAAUUGAGGAGAUCUUUACCGAUGACGUGUUUUCCAAAAUUAGUGAAUGCUAUGGUGUCAAAAAGCCGAAAAAGAACAAACGCUUCAAAACCCGUACAACCGCAGCAGGGCCAAUAGUUGAAGAAUUUGAUUCUGAUACGGAUAAAGAUGUUUGUAGAAGAACUCGUGUUGUAUAUGUUCAUGAAUGCGUAUUAGAAUCUGACUCGGAUGGUUUUGCAGCUUUUGCUGGGGACAUUUUACCUGCAGGACAAGAAGUUGAGCGGAGCGAGAUGAAGGAAAAUGCCAUGUGUCUAAUUUACAAAAACUUAUACGGAAAAUUUCCUACUGUGUUAUCCCCUCUUCAAUGUCUAUCCCAUGCUUUAGUUGUUCUUACUAGGUUUUCUGUCCAAAUCAACGUCUUCGCUGGAAUAGUAUUCCUCCGAAACUUUUUACUAGCCGAUCGUGGAAUAUCGCUAACAAAAGGAGAUGACCAGAAGUACAUGUUCAUCACCUGGUUCAAGUGGCAACUGGUAUUAAGUUUGUGUACUCAAUGCAUUGGUACCUUAACGUCGGUUGUUCCUAGUGUGUUAGGAAUAGAAGCUGAACUAGUUUAUGACUCUGUUCUCCGGGCGUUGAUACUUCGUUUAAAAGAGAAUACCGAUGCUUCCAAGAACUUUCGUUACCUACUGGACGAUCCCACUAGUUUCAAUGAUUGUUAUAUAUCGUCUUUCGAUGAUAUGCUGCAACGUACAAACGAAGUGGCAUUGAGGCUUUUAAAAUUGAUCCUCAGCGUAAUACAAAUAUCGAAGUGCCAUGAAUAUUUGUCUCAAGUGGGACAAUGUAUAGUAUCUUGGGGUAGCGAUCCUCUAUUUGUAGAUUAUAUAGAUAGAGCUUUUACUCUUAUAAGUACUGAACUUCGGGUAUCAAGUAACAGCUCAACUGCUGGAGCAAGAUUUGCGUUUGAACUCUUCGCAUCUCUCAUAGAUUAUAGUGAACUUACGAGAUAUCUCUUGGACUGGUGCUUAACAUUUCCCUCAGGAUUUCAUGAGACAGUUACUGGACAAGAAUUAAUUAGUGUCCUAUCUCCUUACCUCGAUGAAUUCCCCUCCGUUGUUUGUAAUAUACUAAAAAGACAUUUACCCGUGAUGCCAUGGAAUACUUGUAGCAAAAAUGCUUCUUCUUAUUUGAAUGUGGUUUCGGGAUCACCUUCUACGACUGUUAUAAAUUUGGUUCAAUCCAUUUCUAUCGAUGGAUCUGUGGAUAUUCUGGUUCAAGUUUGCACAUUGGUGUUACCUCAUUGCGACAACUCGGACUGUGAUUUUUUGCUAGCAGAAUGUGUAGUACCGGCAAUUGAGAAGACAUGUGAACUAUGCGAUUUCACAAAUGAAAGUUUAUCUGGAACCAAUGAGAUGUCCAAAGAUGUUAAGGAUUUGCUGAAAGAGUUAGAGCUGUUGGCAGCUUAUUUGAAAACAAAGAGUGCUGCUAAGAAAGUGAUAACCGCGAUCGUUAUACCGCAUAGAGAUUUCUAUUUCUUCGCUUCGGAGCUUCAAGAUGUUUUUGUUGCUGUAUGUUCAAAAGCAGCUCGUUUAGCUGCAGAUAUGACUUUGGAUUCGGGGCUUUGUGAAUGGUUAGUAGAUCGCUUGAACUCGUGUACUCGCCACAUAUCUACGGACGUUUGGGUUCUAAUGGAUGAUUCAGCGGCCCAUUUUUCGAAAAUUCUUAUAUCAAACUUGAAUAUUAUUUGUGAUAUCUUAGAAGAGAAUCCAGAUGUGUUCUCCCCUUUCACGGACCGUCUUUUGGCAUAUGCAUCAAAAUUACUUGACUUAUGCUUCGAAUGGAUGACUACACCUUCUGAAAUAUAUCGUUCAAUCAGAAGGGUUGCAGAAGUUACCAGCAAAGCACUCUCCAUUCACCUUCUUCUUGUCACAGAUACUGUUGAAAUUUGCAAUAAGUUCUCCAAAUCGUUAUACAAAGCACUCACUAAAUCCCGGUCAUCUCAAUUAAUCAGCUGUAUGAUCUGCUCCUUGCUCGAAAAAUGUGUUUCUCGUUUCCCGAGUGUAAUGGGCAGCCUUCUAAGCGUAGAUCAUGAUUCUGAGGACGACGCAUUAAUGGGAGAUGGAGGCCCAUUAGCUCAUGUACCGCCCCGCUCUAUACUGCACCCUACCUUAGUAACAACUGUUAUCGAACUCACAUCUAACAUUUUGAGGAUAUUCGACGAAUUAGAUUCUACAUUAGAGUUCCUCAUUCUUAAAAUCUGUAAGCAACUACAGGUUAUCGACAAACAUUGUGGCAAAGGAGAAGACUGGUUGGCAAGUUUGUUCGUCCUACGAGAUGCUGUUGUUCAGCUGUCUGCUAAUUCUGAUAUUGUCUACACACUACACGAUCUUUUGGGUUUAUUCAUAAAACGAUCGCCUUCGAGCGCAUACCUGAACGAUUUCGUGAGAGAUUACUUUGAAAAUGAGAAAUAUAAGGAAGUAGUUCUGAACUCUUUCAUAAAAUUAUUCAGUGAUCCACCUAGCCCUCCUGUUAGUAUUGUUUUCCCGCAGCCUGCUAUCAGGUCUCCUGUAGAAAUCAAAACAGAAGCUGAGCUUGUUGAAGAGACUAAAUUAAAUGAGUUAGAAACUUUGGAAAAAAGCGCAUCAUCAAACACAAUGCUAGAUGCUGUUGAGAAGCUUUUGACUUCAAACAGGUCCGAUGAAGAGUUUGAAAGCGAACAAAGAAAAGAGAAAAAGAAGCAUUUAAGAAAGUCUACUCUAGCUUUACGAAAGCAACAAAGCAGUACCGAAGUAUCUACAACCUCUGCUUCAUCCAGUAAUUGCAAUGGGGGUGCAGCCACUUUCACUCUCGGCAACAAUCACUCUGUAACAUCAGCUGAUGGGUUAACAUUAUCGUUCUGGAUUAAAAGAGAGCUUCUGUCCAGGAACAGCUCAUGUCAACCGCUCCCCAUAGCAUCAAUUGGAGGUGACAGUUUAUCGUGUCAAGUUCUCCUAACAGAUAAAGGGAAAUUAGUGUUGGACAUCAUUGGGUUUCCAUUAAAAACAAUCUCUCGCUUGCGGUUGAAAGGCAGCAUGAAAGAGAAAAGUUGGACUCAUUUCGCUUUAGGAAUGAGAGCAUUGCCAAACCUCAUAACUAUUCAGGCUUGCGUUGGAGAAGCUUGGUCUCUCUAUGAAGUUCCUUUGGUUGUUAAACUAGAUAAUCCUGUCUUUCCAAUGACUAUAAGUUUCGGCUGCGUACGGAAGAAAUCACAACAUAUCUAUUACCUUUCUUCUUUGUUCGGUUUCAAAGGACUGCUAGGUUCAUCAAAUUUGCUUGCACUAUCCGGUUUGGGUUGUCAGCUUUCCUCAUUGGCAGAAACCCAAAUUCAACAUCUUGCACCGAACUUGGCAUCAGUGAUCACUUAUCGUGCUGUUGCGACCAAACAAUGCUUCUUGGAACCAGUUGCUAGAGAUAUUGGAAAGUUUGUGCAAAAGUUGCAGAGAAGUCUGGUUGUAAUUGUACCCGCAUCAUCAGCACACUCUUAUGGUGUGAGCAUCAUUCCUGCUGAUGUUGAACCAGCCUCUCUAGUCGGGAAGUCUGCAAUGAGAUUAGCUCAAAUUAAAGAAUAUCAAAUCUUAUGGUUGAGUCGGUUGGAUCAGCAGUUCAAUGCUUCUAUUGAUGAACACUUAAUUCCAUUGGGUGGAAUAAAAUUUAUAAUUUAUAUAUUUGUCAAGGCUGUUAAUGAUGGGCUGUCGAAACAAACACAACGUGCAGCUCUCGGCCUCCUCCUUAAAUGUUUGAGAAGGGACUGUAUAUAUACGAUCGAAGCAGAUAGAGUUAAAGCUCAUCUUGUUAUUGCUAGAACUUUGUCAUCUCCUCUAGCCAUCUGCGAUGAAUCCACUCUAGAUGUUCUCAUGCGGUACUGCAUACGAUGGACACCAAGUGAAAAUGAAGAAAGUAAAGAUGCGGAUUCUUUCUCAUUGGAUCCUUAUCAAGCUGUCAUACAAGAGCCCAAGUUCAUUGCUCUCCUCUCUUGCCGUUGCGAAUUGUGGAGAAAAGACAGAUUUUUUGUCUAUAGAAAGUUUAUUAGCCAUUUAUCGGAUGUUUUGGAUCCCCAAACUUGUAAAGUACCUGCGGCUUUCAACCGUGGGCAACUUUCUUCAACUGAUAUGCUCCCGAAAUUUCUGCAUUGUUUGUUGGAAAUGAUACAAGACACUGAUAAUUUCCCAGAUUUCACAUUUGAGACAUCUUUCGCCAACAGCGUGACUCUAGUUGUACAAUCAUUGCUAGGAAUACCGGAGUUGCCUCUGUCUGUUGCCCAUCUUUGGCAUUUUAUAUUUUUGUCUCAUCCUGCGAAUUACACUUAUAUCGAUCAUCGUGUUCUUGGUCAUUCGGAAUGGCUUAAACCAGCAUACAUACGAGACAGUCCCGAAGGAGAGUUAUUGGUUGAUUCCCGAUUGUGUAAAGAAUUAAAAAGCAUAAUAAGUCUGCUAGGAGAAGAAGAAGUGAACGAGCUGUGGAAAAAAGGUGUGUCACCAUUUGAAAUCCGACGUCUCUAUCAGGAAAAGGCACAACAGUACUCUUUGGAUACUGAGAGUGGCGCCGAUGAAAAUUCGCCGGACUUGGAUGUACUUGAUAAUUGGUCAAGCGAAGACGACCUCACGAAUCAGCAACUGAAAGAACCAUCAAAACCAGAACGUGCUUGGGUUGUGUGUCUUAGAGCAUCUCUUAUGAAGCUAUUAUCCAACGUUCUGCAAAACGGAGCUGAUUCAUUAAUGUCUUGUCUUCAACAUGAUGUUAUAUCUUGGCAUGCCAUAGUUGUUCUUUUGUCUCAUCAAGACGAUAUAAGGAUACGGGAAGCUGCUUUCGAUCUACUUCAGAAAUUUUUGCUACGUUCACCACUGUACACUAAGAUAGUCUUCUUACGGUUGUCUGGAUUUCAUAUUCUGGGUAGUCAACUGAGAGGCGGCCCUAUAAACUUCAAGAUAGCCGACAAUCUGUUCAGCUUGAUGUGUGGUGAAACUAUACGUCUAGGCGAUGGACUAGACCAAGCCCACUUAACGUCUAUGGAAGUUGAUUCAUUUUCCUGUGACAGUCUUCACGCUAUAUUAAUUGCUUUCGAACAAUCUGUACCUGAUGCACCACUAUUCUGGAACAUUGCGAACGCUCUUCUUAAGACUUUCGAAAAUUGCUCUCAGUUACAACAAGCUAUGAUAUCUGCUGGAUUAGUUGAUUGUAUGGUUAAUGUACUCAGACGGAUUGCCUACACUGCUCCUACAGCGCAGUACGAUGUUGUUUCUACUGAAGGACAAGACUCUUCAUUGCAACUAGAAGCGUGGUGUUCAUUCGCUCAAAGGAUAAUACAACUGGCUAUACCAUUCAGUGAUGAGUUGUUGGGAAACGCGUGCGAGCGGUUUGUUUGGUUACUCUUAUUAGCAGAUAUACAAGCUGCUAAAGAUAUGCGGUAUAGUGAGAGCAUACGAUUACUUGCUCACAAAGUGAUCCGCUCGCAGUUGUGCAUGGUCUUGUUCCAUUACAUCGAGUCAGUACAAUCGGUAUUCAGUGAUGAAGGGAAGUCUGCUAGUGCUACCAGUAGUAUAGAUUCAUUGUGCAAUCAAACAAAUUCAUCUACCACUUCUUCUCCAUCGGAAGAGUAUGACUACUGUGAUGAUUUGAUCACGCCUGAGAGAGCAACAAACUUGGAUGGAACCUCACCAUUAGCUGCAUUUUUUGCCGGAUCAUUUGCCAAUUUACGGGAAAAAAUCAGUUUAAUGGGUCCAAUUUCUAAAAAAUCUCUCAAAUGCAGCUUUUCUAAGAAAGUUGGUCCAGCAGCCUUGGCCACGAUUGAUGUUCUCACCAAGCGUGUUGUUUUUGCGUUGGAUUCUGUAUCUAUUUUAUUCACCGUGCUCAUUCCUACAUAUGCUCUAGCAGAGGAGGAGUCCAACUUAUUCCAUUUCUAUAUGUAUUUCCUACUUACCAGUUGGAAGAAAGACACAGUCAGUCGAACCACUACUCAAACUAUUUGGAAUAGAUUAAUACUAUUCACCAGAGAUAAAUGCCGGAUACUUCUCGCCCAGUUAGUCGCAUUUCUACUUUUCCCAGCUCAUAAGAAAAUUCAAGAAGCUUCGAAAUCAGCCAGUUUACGCAAUUGGAACAAGGAAUGGACUGAAGAUCAGAGAUUUGUUAUAAUCCGUGUUCUUUCUCAUGAGCUGAAUUCAAAGAUAGCAUUACCUUCUCUACUAAAUGUGAACUUGGACUAUGAGUAUGCUCUUUGUUUGGGUGUUUAUGAACUUGCGUUUGUUUCUCCACCGCGCGAAGAGUACAAGAGUGAAAUUGAAAGAAUGGUCCGCUUUCUGCAAAACAGCAAGACAGGAUCUAAUUUUGAACGUUUUACACUGGAGUCGCUGAAAAACUUGAACACUGAAGAGAUACUAUCGAUGCAUUCUUAUUCGCAGUAUCGAAAAACUGUCCUGGCUCAGCUGAGAAGUAAAACAGAGGCCAUCUUAGAAGAGGAAGCAAAACUCACAGCGGAUGUCGGAGGGAUGGCUAUGACUGUAACUUGCGAAGUAGUUGAAGAACAAAAUUUACCCAGAAAAGUUUUCAUACGAGGUUCAAAGACUGCAAUCAGUGAUUUUGUUGAGGCAGAGAAUAUUUUGUUAGCCAUAGCGAAAGAGUUGUGUCAUCCAGAGUCUUCUGCCUUUGAGACACGACAUUGGCCUGUAGGCUGGGCUCUUGAUCCUACUGAGGGCCCUGUCAGAGAGCGCAGACGCUUGGCACCAUUUUAUUUCCCAUUUGAGCCGCGAUUUUUUAAAGAUGAGAAGAAACGUAUCGUUCAAGAAAAUAAGGAGGAAGCGCCUUUACAGAAGUUAUUGUCCAUACCCUUGUCUUCUCGAUCUACUUUUGAAAACGCUCAAAUGAAUGAGCCUAUCAAAGUGUUCUUGGAAGUUACUGUAUUGCGUGUAACAUUCGAAUGUAAAGGAGACUUACUUAUUGGAGAAACGGGGGUUUACUUCGUUGGAGAUACAGCUAAGAGCACACAGAAAGGAACUGUUUGCUCUGUCAUAACACUGGGUUGGAAGUUUGAUCAGAUCAAGGAAAUUCAUGCGAGAAAUCAUUUGCUGAAUGACAUAGCUUAUGAAAUAUUCACUUCAAAUGGAGACACCUACCUGAUAGUUUUCCAGAAUGCUCAGAAACGACAACAGUUUAAAAGUUCAUUGUUAGAGCUACACCUUGAUCAUUUAUUCCCAAACACAGAACAACAAAUAGCUUGUAUUGUGUCAGCAUGGAGAAAUGGGAACCUGUCCAACUUUGAAUAUCUUAUGUAUCUCAACAAGUUUGCUGGGCGAUCGUUUAACGAUCUCAUGCAGUACCCUGUUUUCCCGUUUAUUCUGUCUGAUUAUACAUCUUCGAUCCUCAAUUUGCACAACAGUUCAAGCUAUCGGAUUUUAUCCAAGCCUAUGGCUAUACAAGACAAGAGAAUGGAAAGUCAUUACAUCUCAACUUACAACUGUCUACAAGCUGAGUGCACUCGAACUUCGAUGGAGGCAGGCCCCUUACACUUCGGACCGUAUCAUUAUGGAAGUCACUAUUCUAAUAGCGGAAUCGUUGUGCAUUAUUUGGUUCGGUUAAGUCCGUUCACUCAAAUCGCUCUGGAGUAUCAGGACAACAACUUCGAUAUACCGGAUAGGCUUUUCAACUCUAUCGAAUCUACUUGGCGGUUGUCUAGCAGUGAAUCGACAACUGACUUCAAGGAGCUUAUUCCUGAAUUUUUCUGCUUACCUGAAUUUCUUUACAAUCGUGAGAAUCUACGAUUGGGUGUGAGACAGGCAGGCGAAGAAGUAGGAGAUGUUAGACUGCCUAGGUGGACACCAGAAGGAAACGCUCGCCUUUUCAUUUUGAUUCAUCGUCAAGCCUUAGAAUCUCAAUAUGUAACCCAAAAUUUGCAUAGCUGGAUCGAUCUCAUAUUUGGCUUUAAACAAACUGGAAAGGCUGCCUUAGAAGCUCUGAACGUCUUCCACCCAGCUACAUAUUUGGGGAGAUUAAACGCUGAUGAACUCCCGGAUGAAUUAGCACAAUCAGCCUUACGAACAAUGGUGAAAAGUUAUGGGCAAAUGCCAAUUCAGAUUUUCAACUCGGCUCUCCAAUCUUGUAGCAACACUAAGGACAAAAAAGAGAAAAGUAAAUGUAAAUCACCAGUUCCAACAGUUGAAGGAGUUCGUUGGGGAGACUAUGUCGGAAGCCCUGAACAGGAUGCUUCGCAAAUUCAAGUUGUUCUAUCAGUGAAAGGCUCUAAGGCCGACAGACUGGGAAAUGUGAUCAACUUACCUGAUGGUGCGUCUGUUGGAGUUCCAUACGAAACAUUAAUAGUAACAACAUCAGUACCGGAAAACCCUAAAGAUCAAUUGAAUACUUCCUGUUCAAUAAUAACACUCGGAGCGCUCUCCUAUUCCUUCUCGGAUUCGAUCUUACGCUUCCGGUAUAUAAAGCCUGAGGUGGAACCAUGGGUGAACUUGAUAUGCUUGGGGAAUAAGAAAGUAUCUUGCAUGGAAUAUUCUUCAACUAACCGAAUCCUGUUCCUGUCUUUCACCAAUGGCCUCAUCAGAUUAUACAAAUUGGAGUUAAUCGAUAAUGAGAAUGUCAAUAUCACCCAGCUCUCUGAUUUGAUCGCACAUCAUUCAGCUAUUAAUUGCUUUUCCAUUUCUGAUGAGUUCAGCGUGGCAAUUUCGGGUGAUCAGAAUGGCAAAGUUGUUCUCUGGGAUACUAACAGGUUAUGUUUUGUUCGAGUUCUAAGACAAACAAAAAGUGCUGUAACGGCUUUGUGUAUAAGUUCUACGAGUGGAGAUGUUGCUGUUGUCUCUCAGCAGGGCUAUGGAAGUUAUGUCGAAUUAUACUCGAUUAACGGAGAUCUGAUAGGCUCAGUCAAGACGGAUACUCCUGUAACUUGUGUCACAAUGACAAAUCAAAAAGAGGGAACAGCUAUUAACUGCAUGGCUCUUGGAAUGCUGGAUGGGCAUAUUCUGCUGUGUGAAAUGUGGUGUUUAACAAUCGUACAAGACAUUUGCCACGAAAAUCAUCAUGAUCCUAUUCGAAGUUUGGUUUAUGCUUCAGGUGGGAAGAAGCUUUAUGCUGUACAAGCAACAGGAAGAGUUCUCUGUUGGCAAACUGUUGCCAGCAUUUCAAGAGGAAAGACAGCAAAGUUCACUUUCAUUAAUCCGCAUGAUCUUACUUGUUAA